GGCGGAAACCACUAGGGCAGGCACGCAGAGACGGCGCGAGUCCGGCGCAUCUGCGCGGAACCAAGAGCCCAAAGGCGAAGUUCCUGCCGGAUCCCGAACACCGGCGCCCUGGCUCUGGGCUUAAGUGCGCAGCCCGCUGCUGCCCUCUCCCGGCGCAGGCGCAGAAAGGGCUCCAGCGUCGUUGCGCCAGCCCAGGUCCCCCGGCAUCUGCGCUUGUCAAACAGCUGUCGCCCGGAGUCUCGCCUCUUCAGCGACUCAGGGUGGCUGUUGGCAGUGGGGCAAGCCGAUCCAGAAACCAGAUGAACAGAGAUGUCUGCAUCCAUGCCUGGCCAUGCUCCUACUAUUUGGAAUCUGAGAAGCAAUGGGUUCCUGGGAAACUGUCAUUAAUGCCUCUUUCCCUGAAGUUUACAGCCGAUAAAACCGGGGAGACGCUGGUCAGCUUUCCCCUCUCCAGUGUAACUGAGAUCAAGAAGGAGGCCUCCCACUUCAUCUUCAGCUCUAUCACUGUGCUGGAAAAGGACUGCCUGAAGCACUGGUUCAGUGCCUUGCAGCCUAGCCGCAAUGCCGCUUUCAGCACCAUUGAGCACUUCUGGAGAGCGCUGCUGUUGUCUGGGCCCCCAGCUGAGGCGGCCUCCCCGCCCAUGACCGAGGGGAGGAAGCUGACCUCUCUGAUGGCCUGCUCCCAGAAGCGUCUGGAGGACACAUCCAGGGUCCUCCACCAUCAGGGUGAGCAGCUCGAUGGCAUUGCAAGGGGCCUGGACAGGAUGGAGUCUGAUCUGGACACGACUGACAGGUUACUGACAGAACUGGAAUCUCCUUGGUGGCCCUUUAGCUCCAAGAGUUGGAAGAUGCCAUCAGAAACAAAGCCCAGGGGAGGCACCUCCGUCGUUAGUUCCAAAGAUUUUGGAAAAGAAGGAAUAGUGAUCAACAUUCCUGCUCUCAUUUCCCAGGGAACAGAAUCGCAUGUUAAAUCAGGGAGGUUCACCAUCCUUGUCUCUGGGCUGGAAAUCCACAACGCAGAUUCGUUGCUCGUGCACAGAUUUGAAAGAGAAGAUGUAGAUGACAUUAAGGUUCUCACACCUUAUGAAAUCAGCAUCCGCCAGCGCUUCAUUGGGAAGCCAGACAUAGCUUACCAAUUGAUAUCUGCCAAGAUGCCAGAGGUGAUCCCCAUUUUGGAAGUGCAGUUCAGCAAGAAGAUUGAGUUUUUAGACAGCACCUUGAUGCCCAGAAGCACUGGAACCUCCUCCGCAGCAGAGAAGGGCUACUCACUCUGGCACGCAGCAUCUGAGCUAAUGGACCAUGCAGGGUGUUGUGAGCCCUCCUCGGGGAGCCCGGACAGCAGGCUGCCUUCAGUGCAGAGCAGCAUGCCAUUCAUUUCCGAGGGAGACACCCAGGAGCUGGGACAGAUGCUCUUGGCUAUCCGUGACUUACUCUGUUGUUGGGAUGGGAGUGGCACACCUGCUCUGCGCCAGCACAGGAGCCUGUGGUUGGCCAUGCUGUGCAGCUGUGGGAGGCAGACAGGGCUGCAGUGGAGCCGGACAUGCUGGGGUGAGUCCACGUGCCACCUCAACCUCAGUGCUGCACCUUUGUCUGAGCCCCACACCAUCCUGUCAUCGGUCCUCCUCCCACUGGGCAGUCUUGUCCCAUACUGGGAUCUCUGCACCCACCCCCUCACUGAAGAGGGACAGAGAGGAGCUGGUGUGGCCUCACGUGGCCUAUGAGGCAUGGCCAGAGCA